CCGUGGCCAUUGUUAUACGGAGUUUAGUUCCUUCAGCAAGAUCAGAGGAGAGAUGGCUGAGUAUGUGGUUUCCAGUGUCGUGUCUCAGCUUACCAACCUUAUCAUACAAGAAGCUGCUUUCUUGCGUGGGACGAGGGAUCAAGUCGAAUGGGUCAAAACAGAACUGAAACGAAUGGAAGUCUUCCUCCAAGAUGCCGAGUCCAGGCGGAGGAGGGGAGAUGCAAGAGUGGAAAAUUGGAUACGUGAGAUCAGAGAUGUGGCAUAUGAAGUGGAAGACAUCAUUGAGACGUUCAAGUUCACGGCUGAGAGGCAACGUCAGAGGAGAGGCUUCAUGGGUUCCUUAUCAAGGUACUCUCACAAACCUUAUGAAUUGACCGCGCUCCAUAAAAUUGGUUCUGAAAUUGAAAGAAUAAAGGAGAAGAUCCGUGAUAUCUCUGAGUGCACAGCCAGAUAUAACCUGAGUGAAAGAGGAGUUGAGAGGAACAGGGACUGGGAUGAUAGCCUGCAGGCACUGAGACAAUUCUCUCCUCAUUUCUAUGAUGAUGCUGACGUCAUAGGCUUGGAGGAUGAUAGGGGAAAAUUAGUGAAACGAUUAGUUGAUCCGGAGAAUAAAAACCGCAGCGUAAUUUCUAUAGUGGGUAUGGGUGGGCUUGGCAAGACCACCCUUGCAAGAAAAGUGCAUAAUGACCCCGCAAUUAUUUAACAUUUUGAUACCAUUGCUUGGGUUUCGGUUUCUCAGAACAACCGAGUUACAGAGCUACUGAAGGGCAUCGCUGAAAAAGCAAUGGGAAUCAAAAAGAAGGAAGAAACAACUAGAGGAAUUACAUUAGAAGACUUAAAGCGGAUGGGUGAAGAAGAAGUGCGAGAGAUGCUCCAUUAUAUCCUUAUAGACAAAAAGUAUUUGAUCGUGAUGGAUGAUGUAUGGACUGUGAAUGUUUGGAGACAAAUGGAACCAGUCUUUCCUGAUGGAAACAACGGCAGCAGAGUGCUGCUUACUUCCCGUAACAUCGAAGUUGCAAGACAUGCCGAGCCAUGGAUUCCUCCAUACGAACUGCAUCUUUUGAAUGACGCACAGAGUUUGGAACUCUUGUGCAGGAAGGCAUUUCCACCAAGUCAAGAUGUCCCCACCGAGUUGGAGGAAUUGGCCCAGCAGCUUGCAAAGAGGUGUGGUGGACUUCCUCUGGCACUGGUGGUGUUAGGGGGCCUUCUAUCCAGGAAAGAUCGUAGCUACGGUACGUGGUUGAAAGUUUCUCAGAGCAUGAAGGGGGAAUCCACUGGAGAUGGGCAGGAAUGUCUCGAUAUAGUGGGUUUAAGUUACAAUGACUUGCCGUAUCCAUUAAAACCAUGUUUCUUGUACAUCGCUGCAUUCCCAGAGGACUCUAUUAUCUGUGUUUCCAAAUUAGUUAGGUUGUGGAUUGCCGAAGGUUUCAUACCGCAAAAGCAGAGUCACACAAUGGAAGACACCGCAAGGGAUUGGUUGGAUGAGUUGGUCCAGAGGUGCAUGAUCCAGUUUGCGGGGGGAAGCUCUACUCAUGGGCAGGUUGGGAGGAUAUGCAUCCAUGAUAUGUUACGUGGCUUUGGCCUAUCAGAAGCCAGAAGGGAUGGAUUUCUUCAGGUUUGCAGUGGUGACAUGGAAGUACGUGAUGGUAUAUCGAGUCGUCGUGCAGCUUUCCACGAUCGUAUGAGUGAAGAGGUUGUUGUUUCCUCAUCACAUCUCCGCACUUUGCUGGGCUUCCAUUUAGUUUCGACUAAUACGGCAAGAUUUUUGAAUGGGUUAAACUUAUUAAGGGUGCUGGAUUUGGAGGGCGCAGCAGAUCUGAAGAAGUUACCGAAACGGAUCGCCAACAUGAUUCAUCUACGAUACCUUGGAUUGAAAGGGACUGGUUUAAAGAGACUUCCAUCCUCCAUAGGAUGUCUCCUGAAUCUGCAGACUCUGGAUGUGAGAGAUACACAGAUUUUAUGGCUUCCAAAAAAUUUUUGGAAAAUUCGGGCGCUGAGGUACCUAUACAUUAAUAGAUUUAUAUUUCUAAGCGCACAGAUGCUUGGUGAUUAUAAGAACUUGCGGACUCUAAAAAUCACGGACUGUGAAGCUACUGUUAUGGAUGUCAUCCGUUUUUUCAGCCAUCCACCCAUGAGAUUCUUCAGAAAUUGGGUUACUGCAUCAGGCUUUACUAAGGAGGCGAUGUACGAGACAUGUGAAAGAAUGCUUCGACAAUCAUUGGGAAAAUCACUCGAGAAAAUGGACAGCCUCGUCUCCUUGUCUAUGAAAUUCUUGCUCGAUUAUGAAAUCCCUGCGGACAUUCUUUUCACUCGAGCACCAAAUCUACACCACCUCCGUUCGUUGGAACUGGGAGGACGGUUGUCACUUAAACAGCUCCCAGACAGCAGUCAAUUCCCACCAAACCUCACCAAGCUCAAACUAUAUUCUUCUGACUUGGAGCGAGACCCAAUGCCGGUGCUGGAGAAGCUGCCAAACCUCAUGGUUCUUGUACUAACUCGCAAUGCAUACCGGGGGAAGAACAUGUCGUGUUCUUCUGUUGGUGGCUUUCCUCGACUAAUGUUCUUGAUGUUAUUUAAUCUGGAAAAUUUAGAGGAAUGGCGAGUGGAGCUUGGGCUGAUGCCCAAACUCAUCCACUUAGGUAUCCGGGCGUGCUGCAAGUUGCAGAUGCUUCCUGAAGGAUUGCAGCACGUGACCACCCUUCGAGAAUUGUUGCUGAUUGGUAUGCCUGAGUUCAAUGAUAGAGUCAGAAAAGAGGAUGAAUACAAGGUCCGACACAUACCCUCCAUCAUAUUUCAGGAUCUCGAGGAUAGGUCGUGGUAUGAUACCACCAUGUGUAAAUCACUCCACUCCCUGGAUCUCUUCUGCACUUGCUCUCUUAUUUUUGAAAAUAAACACGUUCUAACAUAAUAUAUAUCACCAGUACCCAUUAGUCACUCCCUUUCCCCUACAUUUCCUCUCCUUUUCUUGAGUCGAGAUUGUAGUUGUUUCCAUGUAUCGAAGUUCCU